CUCUGACAUAGUGUUAGCAGAAGGCAGACCGGUGCUUAGAAGAAAUUGCCCCUCCACUUACGUACGAUCUGUAGUUCAAUUGGCCACUGGUUUUUGUACCAGAUCGUACGUAAGUGGCGGGGCAAUUUCUUCUGGGUACUGGUCUGCCAUCUGGUGGCAUAGCAGUGUAUUGCUCCAACAACAUAACUCGUAAACGUAAAAGUAAUGUCAGUACGCCGGCCAUGGCAGAGUGGUUACAGUUAAGAAUAGUUCGUCUUGGCGAGCUAGAUUCUAUCAAAGAGAAGGAAGAUAUAUUGUCAGAGAUUAAAAUUAAGUUGGGAAGUUUAAAUAACAGAGAAUCCGAGCAGGUCUCCCGUAAUUUGGACUUUGGCCAAUUAUUUACGCAGUUAACCUCGAACGACAGAGAAUAUAUAGAUCAGGUGUGCGAUAUUUUGAAGACUUUAUUAACUCUGUUAGAACCUGCAGAGGUCUAUGAAAGAUAUGCAACACAAUUGUCUCAACUGAUAACUCAUCCAGAUGCCAUAGUUAGAUCAGUUAUACUGCAUGAAAUUCUGUCUAUUGCGUCCAAUCCGGAGAAGGUGUCUUUAUUGCUCACAGAUGUUAAUUUACUUGUCGCCGUAGUAAAUAAAAUUGCGGAUGAUAAUGUGAUGGUAGCUGAGUGUGCUAUGUCUAUAAUGAAAGAAAUUGGAAAAAAUGUAAGUGGGUUGCAUAUUAUAUAUAAAGGUGAACUGCUAAGAAGUUUUGCUAGAUUAUUAGCGAAGAAUGACACUAUUACUUUUCGCGUGUACGAAGUUGUCGUGGACAUAGCGAAAGCUUCGAAAGAAGGUUUAGAGGCGUCCGUUCAAUCAGGAUUUUUGAAUAGUUUGUUCGAGGUUCUUGAGAACAAUGAUAUAUUGCUUCAGGUAAACACGUUAGAAAUUUUAACUCGAUUAGCGUUAACUGAAGAAGGAUUGAGUUACUUAGAGCAGCAGGAUGUGUUGAGAAAACUGGUUCAAAAGAUAGCGCAAGCGAAUGAAAAUCCAUUGUCGAAUCUGUUGAUUCCCGGUUUGAUGAAAUUUUUUGGUAACGUCGCGCGUCACUGGCCCAAUGAAAUUUUUUCAAAAUAUCCAGUCGUAGUGUCCGCGUUGUUCGAAGUGAUAGAGAGCGGAGAUCAAGCUAUACUUGGCGUCGCGUUAGAUACGUUGGGACACGUUUCUACAACCGUAGACGGUAAAUAUGCUUUGCAAGCUUUGGGAGAAGCAAUGCUGUGCGCGUUAAAAAAGAUUGCCGAGGUUAUACAGAAAAUGCCUACAGCGUUACGUAUUCGUGGACUAAACAGUUUAGCACUUAUACUUGAUGUACCACAAGCGGAGCAGGAUAACAGAAUUUUGUCGUUGACAAAGUCUUGGUUCGAUUCUCUUUGCGACGAUCCGCUGGAUAUGAUUGUAGCGUUGUGUAGACAACCGUUCGCAGAUAUUAGACAAGCGUGUUUAGAAGUAUUAGCGGUUGUAGCUUCGCAAGUGUGGGGCCAAGAAUAUAUAUCCACUUAUCCGGGCCUUAUAGAAUUCUUAUUGGAUAGAAACAUCGAAAGCUUCAAGGAAUGCAAGGAAGCUAAAUACGAAGUUGUUAAACAAUUAUCCAAAGCCGAACAAGAUAUAUUCGAUGCAAGUACAAUGCAAAAGUUUAAAGAAUUUGUAGUUCAAGGUCCCUAUUACGUUGAAAUUGAUACAGAGGUUGCAACGGAGGGUGGUCUUUGAAACACAUUAUUUUUGUACACGUUACUCUCCUAUAUUACGGGCAUUGAGAGUUAUCAGCGAUCGUUUGAACAGUCCAUUUUUUCAAAGCGAAAGUUUUAAUAAAAUAUAUCUCCAUUUAGUUUGUAUACGUUACACGCGAAGGUAAACAAGGAAGUAUUUUUUUUUUUUGCGGGACUAGAGUAUGGAAACGUACAAAGACAAAUAAUUUAUUUUAUAAGUAACAAUACAUAGAAAAGUUAAGACUACAUGUUUUUGCAACAAUGCAACAAUUCACGCGACUCUUACACCAUGUUUGUAAUGUU